AUGGAAGAUGGCAUCAUCCCGAUCAGACCACAAUAUGAGAUAUCUAGUGUAGUCAGGUGCUUGAGAUUCGAAAUAGAGUCUGGUAUAUUCCAGGAUAAACUCGCCCUAGGGAAGGCCAAACUUUGCAAAGCAUUGUUGCUUGGAAAAUCCGACAGAUUCCCAGAAAGCAUCAGAUUCUGGGAUAGGUCUAGAAGAGUCAGAUUCAGUGGUCAGAUUCUUGCCGGCAUCUCUCGCUUAACCGACCUCAUCUCCCUCGACCUCAGCUCCAGCUCAUCAUGCGUCAUCCACUACUCAACCGUCGACGGCCUCAGCGAGUACUACGACAGCGUCAAUUACGUACAGCUCCGCCAUCCAAGUUUCCGGACUCUAGUUGGAAACCUUAGCAGUCUGAGGGAGCUCCGUCUCAACAGCGUCGACAUGUCCUCGAACCUAGACUGGGGAAGUGCUUUGUCCACCUCGAUGCCUCGCCUUCGGGAGCUCACUUUGAGUUACUGUAAUCUCCCAGGAUUAUUGCCGACAGACAUCUUGACAUCACACACCAACCUGACUCUUCUAGACCUAUCCCAGAAUCCGAUGCUUUCUGGGAAUCUGCCGGAUUUUCCAAGCAACAAUGCUUUGCAAAGUUUGGCAUUCCCUGGGGCGAGUUUAUCCGGGAAUAUACCAUACUCUAUUUCGAAUCUCAAGCACCUGACUACACUGGAUAUCUCAUAUUGUGGUCUGACCGGGAUGAUGCCAUCUUCCAUCGGGAAUCUUACCCAGCUCGCAUAUUUAGAUCUUUCGGGCCAUGAAUUUGCAGGUGCGGUCCCCAGUUGGAUUGGAAAUCUGUUCUGGCUCUCUGUCUUGGCUCUUUACGGCAACAAUUUCACGGGUCCAAUCCCAACUUCUAUCGGAAAUCUAACUCAUCUCACAUCCUUAUAUCUAGGUUACAACUUCCUUUCCGAAUCGGUGCCAGUCUCUUUGUUUAACCACCUUGCUUUAGAGUCAUUGGAUCUCUCUGAAAACCAAUUCUCUGGUGAGUUAAAAGAGUUUUCAAAUCCUUCAAUGUCCUUAAGCCAACUCGAUCUGAGUAAUAAUCAACUCCAAGGACAGAUUCCAACAUCCUUGUUUAAGCUCUCAGACCUCCAGUACCUCUUCCUAACAUCAAACAACUUUAAUGGAACGGUGGAGCUCGACAUGAUAAUUAACCCAGACGAAUAA